GCAGACGCGAUGUACACCGUUCGCUCCUUUUUGACCUUCGCUCUCGUUCUCCUCACCGUGAGCCUGCCCGCCCUCGCAGACCAUUCCUGCCAGCAUGCGAAUAAUUGUCCGACGUUGCUGAUCGGUAGCAAUCCUGGUUGCCACAACUCCCUUUGCUACUAUGAGUCCUGCAGUAACGAUGCUGGUCUUGGGUACAAGAUAACCACCGACUGCUACACAACCGGAGGUACCACGCGCUGCAGAUGCAAGUCGCUCCUCACCGGUAGCAACUACCGCAAGCGCCGUGACCUCGAGACUUGCCCUCUGCCACAGCAGCAGCGUUGCCCCGUCUUCCACGGCCGCGGCGGCACCGAGUGUGUUGAUGUCAUGACUGACAUCGAGUCAUGCGGUGGUUGCGUCGGUGUUGACGGUGAGGGCGACGGUGUCGACUGCACGGACAUUGUUGGCGCAGAGUCCGUCAGCUGCAUCAGCGGUUCUUGCUUCAUUGAUGAGUGCGCCCAUGGGUAUCGCCUCGACAAGAGGCAAUCAUCCUGCAUUCCUAUCACCGGAAUGCGCGUCCAGAAGAACAACUCGCAGAAGAGAAACUUCCGUGUCUGAUUCUGUGUCUGCACUUGGCUGGAUGGACUAGGUUUCUUCAACAGGCGUCUUUUUCUGUGGACUUUAUUAGAAAUGCUCUCCUUCAUUCGCUCCUUUAACAUGUUGUCCCAUAAAACGUACUAGUUGCCUUCACAUAAUUUCGGGUAUCAAGGAUUUAGAGAAAGGAGAGGACAGACGUUAGGCAGUGCCUGGCUCGGAAGGACAGAUCACAUCGAGUUUCUUCCACUCGGGGUACUAAGGCC